ACACACCACAAUGUCGAGAAAUGGGAACCACACACACACACACACACAGUCUGUAUGAGUGAAGGUUUAAACCCAUCCCAGUUCUCUGUGCAGCUUUAGUGCUCAGAAGGAAACGAGGCUUCUCGGUGAAUAUAUUUUACGGCAGACCGGAAAGCUGACGCCGUGCCGCUCACCAGCUGCUCUCUCUCCCUCUCCCAGUCCAGAUGAAAACAUAAGUUCACUGAAAAGUUCCAGAGUUAUCAUCCGCAAUGUGCUGAAUGUCAUUCUUCCCCUUGAAGUGUCUCCAAUACUGCUAUAUUGGAUGCAGUUUAAAAAGCAGAAAAGGAAGAAAUAUGCUUUCUCUUGUCCCAGUGGAUUAACCUACUUGCACAGAGAUGAAGGACUGAAUAGGCUUCGAAAGCUGUCUUGCUCUGAGACAAAUACAAGUGGAUAUAAGAAAGCAAAAAGUUGGAGUUUGUGCCAUCAUUUCCUUGGUGCCUUAGUUGGUCAAGAUGACCAGUCUGUUUCGGCGGAGUAGCAGUGGCGGCUCUCGUGGAGGAGGUGGAGCAGGAGGGGGAGCAGGAGGGACAGGAGGAGGAGGAGGAGGAGGAGGAGGUGGAGGAUCGGCCCCAGGAGAGCUAAACAACAGUAGGCCUAACAGACAGGUGCGACGGCUAGAGUUCAACCAGGCCAUGGAAGACUUUAAGACCAUGUUUCCCAGCAUGGAUUAUGAAGUGAUUGAGUGUGUGCUGCGCUCCAACAAUGGAGCUGUAGAUGCCACCAUUGACCAGCUUCUGCAGAUGAGCAUCGACGACAAUGGAUCAGAUGAUUCCUCAGACUCUGAUGACAGCAUCCCACCCGAGAUUAUGGAGCGGACCCUUGAACCAGACAGCUCCGAUGAAGAGCCACCUCCAGUGUACUCUCCACCCACAUACGACAUGCACAUAUAUGACAGGAAAUAUCCCAAUGCCCCUCCCACUCCUCCACCCAGGUUUGAAGUCCAGCCCUCAGCAGGACACCAGCACACGCGCGGUUACAGGAACUGGAACCCACCUUUACUUGGAAACCUGCCUGAUGACUUCCUGCGGAUCUUGCCCCAGCAGUCAGACAGUAUUCAGACCUCUCAAAACAGCAUACAGGAGCCAUCGUCCUCCAUGGCAUCACUGCCUCAGCCAGUUGCCAGUGUUGCUGGAGCAUCAGGAGCCUCUGAGCAGGAACGCAAACUCAAACAGUACCUGGAAGAUGAGCGAAUCGCUCUCUUUCUUCAAAAUGAAGAGUUCAUGAAGGAGCUGCAGCGCAAUCGGGAGUUUCUCGUCGCAUUGGAACGAGAUCGCCUGAAAUAUGAAUCAAGGAAAUUUAGGUCAGCUGGUAACUCUACAGGUGUCCACUACACUCCUGGGUCAUUCGAGGCAUGCACGGUAGUGUCAGAUGAUGCUCUGUUCAGAGACAAACUGAAGCACAUGGGAAAAUCAACCAGGAAGAAACUGUUUGAAAUCGCUCGAGGGUUUUCAGAGAAGACAAAACGAAGAAAGGCCAAAAGAAGGACCCUUCUGAGACAUCAUUCACUAGGCACUGCCAACUCCACUGCCAAUCUGCUGGAUGAUGUGGAAGGAAACCCCUGCGAGGAGGAGAGUCAGCUCAGAAGAUUGCAGGAAGAGGAACGACAUCACAGGGAAGCACUUUCAUGAUUUUUUCCUGUCACCUGGUAUAUUUCAAGUGUCCGUGGUAAAGGCAGAGUAACCCGUAGCAGACAGUUCCUCUGUGGUUCCACGAUGAUGUGCGAGCUAGUCGUUUGUGACUCCGCCCACACAGUCUCCACACACACACACAGGUUUCCCUAGUCACAGGAUUGGACUAGAAUUCUAAAUCAGCAUUGUAACUAUGAUUAUUAUCUGCAAUAUAUCAACUUUACUAUUAAUAUAGGAACGCUAUGGUAAUAUAUGAUUUUUUUUAAUGUAAAACUGAAGAAAAAAACAGUAUUAAAAGUUAUUUUCCCCUAUAUAAUGGUAAAAAAAAAAUCUCAAUUUGUGCUAGCUACUUAAGAUGUAUUCUUCCUUUUGAUUAUUUAUGGUUCGAGAAGAAUUUGGCUUAUUAUGUAUCAUUUUCAUAUCUUUUGCAAAAUAUUUAUAUUCCCUUAAACAUACAGAAUGACCAACCCUGAUGGCUAUAGAACAUUGAAAUGUUUUCUAUACUCUCCAAGUUUCCACUUCUACAAAAGGAUGCCACAUUUGCUUAUGUAUUCUAUUUUUAGUAACACCAAAAUGCCUUUUAAAAUCUGUGUCUGUGUGACUAUAAUAUACCAAGGCAUAAAGGUUCAAACUUAAGGUUUUUUUAGGAGGAGGAGGAUAUGCCUCCAUCAUGUACAGCCUGUGUAAGUGCCCUUUUGUCCGGUAGGCAUAAACUUUGUACUUGUCCAGAGCCGAAGCAUUCUUUUGCGUAGCCAAAUGAUGCUGUUACAGUGCUAAAAUAAUUCUUAUUGUCAAAAUGUAAUUUCAUUUUUCACAUGAACAUGUGAAAGGGCAACAAUCUGUGAAUGGACUUCUACUUGCACUGCCACUUGCAUUUCAUAAUCCUGUUAAAUGUCUUUUGUAGUUUUCUUAAAGGGAAGCUCACAAAGAAAAAGCCAGUAUUAAUGGGUUUAGCAAGUUAGAGUUUUUUGUUUUUGUUUUUAGACUGUUGGGUUUAGGAUAUUCUGACCCUUAUGCUGAGAUGUUGGGUGCACAGAAUGAGUUGCAAGUACCAUGAUGUUAGUGUAAUGCUGUGUUGAUAUUUGACUAUGAUUUAAAUUUUAUUUUGAGCUGUGUGAUUUUAUUCUAAAGGAAGAUUAAGAAAAUGUGACCUUCUACACUUGGUUUGUAUUUCAGUUUUUGAUAGCAUAGCAAGUUGUGUGUUCUCCAUUAAGUUGUUCCUGAGUAGCAUCACAGGAAUUUAAAUAAAUUGUAUUUUGUGCUAAUAUGCAAUGGAUUAUUA